GAGCGUGGGGGAGUGUCAUGUCGCGGUUCGGUGCCGGAGCCGGGGGUCUGGAGGCCGCGGAGGCGCGGGCGCGGUCCCGGCAGCAGGAGCGGCACUACCGGCUGCUGUCCGAGCUGCAGGCGCUGGUGAAGGCGCUGCCCAGCCCCUGUCAGCAGCGCCUCUCCUACACGACGCUGAGUGAUCUGGCGCUGGCGCUGCUGGACGGGACCGUGUUCGAGAUCGUCCAGGGUCUGCUGGAGAUCCAGCACCUCACCGAGAAGAACCUCUACAGCCAGAGGCUGCAGCUGCACAGCGAGCACCGCGGGAUGAAGCAGGAGCUUUUCCACCGGCACAAGGAGGCUCAGCAGUGCUGCAGGCCCCACAACCUGCCCCUGCUCCGCGCUGCCCAGCAGCGGGAGAUGGAGGCUGUGGAGCAACGAAUUCGAGAAGAACAACGAAUGAUGGAUGAGAAGAUAGUCCUGGAACUGGAUCAAAAAGUGAUAGACCAACAGAGCACUCUGGAGAAGGCUGGUGUGUCUGGCUUCUACAUCACCACCAACCCACAGGAGCUGACUUUACAGAUGAAUUUACUGGAGCUGAUUAGGAAGCUACAGCAGAAGGAAUCCGAGUCUGAGAGGGCUUUUUCCUGAACGAGCAAGUCUGCUGGUUUCUUCCUGGAGUUUUCUUCUCAUUUCCCUAAUGAAUAGACUGGUCAUGCGUUCACUUUUUACUGUGUCAGGAAAUCCUCUGGAUUUGAGGAGACAUUUUGAUGUCUCUGGUAAGGAAUGGGAGAGGUGAGGAGUUGGAGGCAGACUCACCAUCUAUAGAUGGUUGGCAGCUGGGAAAAAUGUCUGAGUUUCUCUACAAGAAGAUGGUUCUGUGUGUGCUGAAGCACAAAGAGCCUCUUGAACAGGUUCUUCCAGAGACACUGAACAGGUACCAGCAUCAGGGGAGGAUUUUUGGAUUCUGACCAGCAUUACUGGGCUGUGUUUGCAGUGUCCCACUCAACUUUGCAGGAGACACAUCCUGAGGGCAUUUCCUUAAACCAGUUUCUAAAUGCAGAGAAAUAAAAUCUGUUCUGUCUCGGGGGCUGCAGCUUUCCAAAUA